UCGACACAUCGUUCGCACGACCCUCUUCUCCAUUUUCGUGCUUACUAUAGCUUGACGUGAACCGAUGCCCGCGCGAACUUGAUCUGGCAGGAUUGAGGACGCACUUCACGACCCAAGUCGCAUCGAGCACAUGUGCAUGCCUGAGGCUUGCUCGCUCGCGUCUACCUGCGCGCUAACCAGUUCCAGAUAAUGGCUCAGCCCAGCCGCUUCCUCCCUAUCCGCGAUGUCCUGCAGUGUCAGGAUGAUAGCUGCUUUAUAGGCGCAAUUUCCAAUAUUCAAGCGCCUAACCAGGUCAACAAAGCCGGCGGAGACUACAUACUUAAUUUCACGAUCAAGGACAAGUUCCCUGGUGAUGAUAAAGACAGCGUAGCAUGCAUUCUUAAGCGCGGAAACAUCGAGCAUCUACCAAGUGGCGCUCCUGGUGAUGUGGCUAUUCUGCGAGGCAUGAAGGUGGAGAUCCUUGGGACGCCGGCGAAGAAGACCCUUGUCAACUGUUCAGAGCGACGAUCAGAAGCACUAUUCUUCCCUGCUAAGAGCAUACCAGAGCCACAGUACGGUCAGGCCUAUUACGUCGGAGGCACCUCAAAUCUCCUCUGCACAUGCAUGCUUGGUAGCAAACCCGCGAGUCCUGCCGACCAGACGGCUGUCAUCAAUAUGAAGGCGGCAGCAGCUCCGCUUCUGCAGGAGUUACAAAACCCCGGAGCCAUGUUCCUGGCGUCAAUCGGAUCAAAUAGGGCAAAUUUCAAGAAAACCAAGCGGCAGCACCCUCUCAGCUCAUGGACGUUUGGUGUAUUCUACGAUCUCAUCGGUGAAGUGGUCAAGACGUUCUGGGGAACAUCCGACUCCGUGGACCUUUAUGUUACUGAUUACACUACGAACACGGAACUUUUCCUAUACGAGGAAACGACUGAUUGUGAUGUCUUUGGUGGGGGUAGCUCUAGAAAGCCCUGGCCUGGCCCAUUCGGGCAAAUGACAAUAGCGAUCCGCACCUACGAACCUCAUGCUGGGAAGGCUCGUGAACUCAAAGAAGGGGACUUCGUCUACCUUCAGAAUGUCCGAACAAAACUCUCAGCCAUGAACAAGCUGGAAGGCGCUAUGCAUGCCGAUCCCCAGUAUCCCGAAAAGAUCUGUGUCCGGAAAUUAACUCAUCCGGCACAGCUUAGUGCUCUCAAGGAACGAAAAGAAGAGUAUGAAAGAAAGUGCGCUACAAAUCGAAUUGCUCAAGAUGAGCCUACGAACGUGCCUAAAAAGCCUUCAGCGAUAGCCUCACAUCAGAAGAAGCGCGCUAGGAAAGAAAAAAUGCGCUUGCACAGGGAGCAAGUGCAAACGGGGCCACAGGAGAAAGCUGACGCAGCCGAGACUGUCGUCAAAGGACUUAACCAGAACAUCUGCACCGGAGACAAAGACGUUGGCAUCUCCACAGUCGACGAGAUCGUGAACAACCCAUGGCUUAAGACUACUGUACCAGAGACUGAGGGAGAACUGUUAUUGCCCUUUGUCAAUUCGAGAUACCGAACGCAUCUGCGAGUUGUCGACCACUACCCUUUCAAGCUCGAGAAUUUCACCCGCCUCACAAAUGCUCCAGCUAACAGUCAGCCAUCGAUCUCGAUAUCCUCGGAUGGAUAUUCGCAGUUCUCAGAGCAUGGUUUGCCACCUGUCAGAUUCGCUUGGCACUUCUUCCUUUUGGUGGAGGACGCAGAUGCGCCUGCGGGCACGACACCCAUCCGCUUCCCUCUCACUAUUGAUACCCCGCGAGCUCAAUGUCUCCUGAAGAUGGAGCCUGUCGAUCUAAUUGCGCAUCCUUCCAAGCUUUGUGAACUGGAGCAGAAGUUGUUCCUUCUUUGGGGGAACCUGCAUGAACGCAAGCUCGCGCUCAAAGAGAAGGGAAUCAACCUGCCAUUGCCCGUAGGAGAUGAGACUUUGGCUCUGAGCAACAUGCCCUUUGAGUGUUGCGUUGAGGAGUACGGCGUUCCCGUCAACGACAAAGGCCUGCCAUAUACAGAUGACGAGAUUAAGACCCUGAUCAAGGAGUUGAGCGAUCCGGAGUCCGAAGAAGGCAAGCGUGCAGUGGAUAUCCUUGGAAACCCAGAGACAUGGAAACGGGCAUGGAGCCCGCACAACACCAUCAUCAAAGGUCCUUGAAUGGCUUUUUGAAUGGCUUUUUGAAUUAAGGAUUUUGUGCAGUCUUUUUGGAGUUGGGUCACUGUAAGCGAUUUAAACAUUCCAGGGCGCUUAAGAAUGGUUUCUUCGAUGCGGGCUUUAGAUACCAUUGAUCGUGUACUAUCAAAGAUUCCUAAAUUCGCU